AUGGAUCAGGAGAAGCUCAAGAAGCUGCAGGCUGCGGCCGCGAACAACAGAAUUGGUAAGUCCACAGCAGUUGGCAAGGGCACGCCUCGGAGAAAAACGAAGAAGGUGCAUAAGUCAUCCGGCACCGAUGACAAGAAACUACAGACAUCACUCAAGAAGCUGAAUGUGCAGCCCAUUCAGGCCAUCGAGGAGGUCAAUAUGUUCAAGGAGGACGGCAAUGUCAUACAUUUCGCUGCGCCCAAGGUCCACGCCUCAGUUCCCUCCAACACCUUCGCGAUUUACGGCAACGGUGAGGAUAAGGAGCUCACCGAACUCGUGCCCGGCAUCCUCAACCAAUUAGGACCCGACUCCCUCGCUUCCCUGCGACGUCUCGCUGAGAGCUACCAAAGCAUGCAGAAGAAGGAGGGCGGUGCUGGCGGUGAAAAGAAGGAGGGCGGUGACGAUGAUGAUGACGAGAUCCCAGACCUUGUCGAAGGCGAGAACUUUGAGGGUAAGGUCGAAUAA